AUGCAGGCGCGUCCUGAAAUGCAAACUGCAGCAGAGCCAGCACGGGAGGACGGGAGUAAUGAACAAGUCAUGUUUUCUAAUUCUACUAACGAGACUUCGAUCAUGUACUUUAUUAUUAAGGGGAUUGCAGAUGGCCCAGUGCUUCAGGCUCCCAUCUUUCUUCUGGUUCUUGUCGUUUACCUCUUCACAUUUAGUGGCAACGUGACAAUUUUUCUAUUGAUUUGUGUGGACUGUCAACUCCACACCCCCAUGUAUUUCUUCCUGGCCAAUUUGUCCUUCGUGGACCUUUCUUCUACCACCAUCACCUUACACAAAGUGCUUCUGACCUUCAUAACUGGUGAUAACACUGUUUCUUACCUGGCGUGUAUGAUCCAGAUGUACAUUUUUGCUUCUUUGAUCGGUCAUGAACUUUUGAUUUUGGCUGCUAUGAGCUACGAUAGAUAUGUAGCCGUCUGUAACCCUCUACGUUACCAUGCCAUCAUGAACCAUAGAGUUUGUGGUCUACUAUGUUCUUGCUGCUACUUGAUGGGUUGUGUCCAAGUCCUUGCCCCGGUUGUCAUCUUCUCAGGUUUCUCAUGCUAUACAUCCAAUGAGGUCAACCACUUCUUCUGUGAUAUCAUUCCUCUUAUGAAAAUCACUUGUGAUGACACUUGGGUCUUGGAGAUGGUGGUCUUCAUCCAAGGAAUAUUUAUUAUUACUUUGCUACCUUUUGUGCUCACAUUGAUCCCCUAUAUUUUCAUUAUAUCUGCCAUUUUUAAGAUCCGUUCCAGAAAAGGAAAGCAAAAAGCUUUUUAUACCUGUUCCUCCCAUCUUACGGUGGUAUCCCUGCUUUAUCUGACAUUUAUUGCUCAGUACUUGACUCCCACCUCACAUGGGUCAAUAAAUUCCAAGAAGCUCUUCUCACUUUUUAACACAGCCGCCGUCCCCUUGUUGAACCCACUGAUCUACAGUUUAAAGAAUAGAGACGUUAAGGCAGCAAUGAGGAGGAGGCUGGAGUUCUGUAAAACCAUUACUUAA